UAAUUAAUAGCCAUAAUAGAAAACUUGGUCCUCCUAUGAUUAUAUUUCUCGAUAGACCCUAUUUGUUAACGAAUAUAAUAAACGUUAAACUCAGAUAUGAUGUCGAGCGUCCGUAAAGUUGGUGUUGCAGACAUGACAACCAUGUCGGAAAUAGAUGAAAUUGAAAUAAACCAAAAUCUUAAUAUUCGUUACUGUAGUGACAUAAUAUAUACUUAUACCGGCUCAAUACUUAUAGCUCUCAAUCCUUAUAAAACUAUUAAUAUAUACAGUAAGGAACAUGUUUCCGAAUAUCAUAGAUGCAAGUUGGGAGAUUUAUCCCCUCACGUGUUUGCUUUAGCUGAAGCAGCUUAUACCAGCAUUGUAGAAGACAACCUAAAUCAGGCAUGUGUUAUAUCGGGGGAAUCUGGAGCUGGAAAAACAGAGACAACAAAAUUUAUAUUGCAGUAUUUAUGCACAAUCACUUCAAACGUUUCCUCGUGGGUUCAGCAGCAGAUUUUAGAGGCCAACACAAUUUUGGAAGCUUUUGGAAAUGCUAAAACGAUAAGAAACGAUAACAGUUCUAGAUUUGGGAAAUUUAUGCAAGUUUGUUUUGAUGACCACAACUGUAUAAAAGGAUGCGUUAUUCAAGAUUACCUGCUUGAACAAUCUCGGAUAACAUACCAAAGCGAAGGGGAGCGAAACUACCAUAUAAUGUAUCAGCUAGUGGCACAGGGACAGGAAAACACUGAUGUAGCGAAGGCUUUUUAUUUAAAGCCACCUGAAUUUUAUAAAUAUCUAAAUACUACGAGUACUGAACAAAUCAAUAUGGCUUUAGAAUCAAAGAAAUUCGAUGCCGUUACCAUGGCGUUUACGGUUUUACAAGUUCCCCAAUUUGUAAUAGAUGGCGUUUUUAAAGUCUUAAGCUCAAUAUUGUGGUUGGGUAAUAUAGACUUUAUGGACAUUGAUGGAGAAGGCUGCGAUUUUUCAAAUUCAGACCAGGAAGCUAUUUCCAACAUUUCUAGCCUUCUGGGACUGAAGCGUUGUGAUCUUCAAAAUGUUCUAUUAAUUCGCCAAAUAAAUGUUCGAGGAAAUAUAACUGAAAUCCCUUUAAAAAUUAAAGAGGCUGUAGAAAAUCGACAUGCUAUGGCAAAAGCACUUUACUCGAAAACAUUUACAUGGCUGGUUACGAAAAUAAAUAACUGUACAAAUCCAGGAAAAGGAGGCGCCAAAUUUCUUGGUGUUCUCGAUAUAUUUGGAUUUGAAAAUUUUUCUCAAAACUCAUUUGAGCAACUAUGCAUAAACUAUACCAACGAAAAGCUGCACAAAUUUUUUAAUCAUUAUGUUUUUGCACUAGAGCAAUCAAUCUACGACCAAGAAGAUAUCAUCUUUAAUCACGUGGAGUUUACAGACAACUCGCAGUGCUUGGAAAUUAUAGAAAAACCUCCACGCUGUGUAUUCAAGUUAUUGACAGAGCAAUGCCAUAUGCCAAAGGGUUCUGAUUCAGCUUAUUUGAAUAAUAUGCACUCUGAGUUUGAGUUUCAUCCAAAUUACAUAAAAGGUUCUGAUCGUCGUCAUUGGGAAACCGAAUUUGGAAUAAAACAUUACGCUGGAAGUGUUAUUUACACUGUUGAUGGAUUUGUGAAAAAAAAUCGUGAUGUUCAACAAGAUGUUCUGUUUGAUUACAUGAGUUUCAGCGAAGAUAUAUUUGUAAAAGAUUUAUCUAAAUUCCAGGAUCCGCAAUUCGUUAAUUCAAAUUAUCCUCGAGGCUCAUCUAAAUCUAAAUGUACAGUGAGUGAUAAUUUUCGGAGCCAGCUGCAGUCUCUAAUAGAUGUUCUUCAACAUACGAAAACAUGGUACGUUCGUUGUAUAAAACCAAAUUUAUUGAAACGACCUAAUAACUAUAACAACUCACUAGUCCUUGAUCAAUUAAAAUAUCUCGGAGUUGUAGAUAUAAUACGAAUAAGAAGAGAGGGAUUUCCAAUACAUUUAAGUCAUGAAGACUUUAUAAAUAAAUAUAAAUGUCUGAUGCAAAAUAAGUCCUUUGAAUAUUCACAUAAAUAUAUAACCGAUAUAAUGGAAACAACUUACUUGACAAAUACAGAAUGGCAAAUAGGAAAAACAAAAAUAUUUUUGCGAAGUGUGAUAUAUGAGCUAUUAGAAGAUAAAAGAAAAGAAAAAAUAUAUAAAAAUGCUGUUACUAUUCAAAAAUAUUGGAAACGGUUUUAUUGCUUUAAGUCAUUUUUACGCAUUAAACUGGCUGUUUUAAAAAUACAACACGCGUAUAAAGGCUGGAAAUUGAGAAUUCAUUUUAUGAGGAUGAGGCGCAGUGCAAUUGUCAUACAAAGUCGUCUGCGCGGAGUUUUUGCAAGAGAGGUGGCAACAGCAUUAAGAGAAAUGAGACGCGUAGAUGAAGAAAUGAAAAAGCGUGAUAAAAUGUUUGAGCAACUUGCCAAUGUCCAGACAAAUGCUCUAGCAGAUUGUGAGAGAUUAGUUCAAGAGGAAAUCAACGUAUUGGCUCAUAUUUCAGAUAAUAUACAACACUCACCAAAGCUAUUUGUCGACGCUAACGAUUUUGAAAAUAAAACUACAGAAGCUUCAAUUUUACAAGAUAGUGUUGACUUGGAUAAUAUAUUCGCAUUUCUAGGUGAAUCAACAGAGGCAGCACUUGGUAACCCUCUCAUUGAUGAAAUAAAUGACAAAAUGAAUAAUUUAGUUGAAGAUCUUGACAAAGAAAUUGAAUUGUGUAUGCAGAACGGAGAAAAUUUUGAAAAUCAAGAAAUAGGAAAGUCAUUUCCUUCCAAAGGCGUUCCGUCACUCCCAGAGCCAACAGUACCUCCGCCUCCACCUCCUGCGUCUAUAGGUUUUAUAUCAGCAAAGCAAUUAAAACCUGAGCCCAUAUAUGAAGCAAUUAACGCAAUCAAAUUAACGAACACAAAGGAAAUAACAGAAGAAAAUAAAACGCUACUUAAAUUGAAAAUCCUUCAGGAAAACACCAAAAAAUCCACUUCUUCUUUUUUUGUUAAUUAUCAAAUGGAAGAUGAACGUCAGCAAAGACGAAAACAAAGAGUAGAAAAAAAAAUAUAUGAACUAAACUGCAAUGAGGAUAGUCAUAGAGAUAUUCACAACGACGAUUCAUUUUACAAUAUUCUGGAAUUUGCAGAGAACUAUUUUAAUACCCACGACCUUUCGAGUGACGGUAACUUUAUAUAUUCACCAUCAGGAAAAGGGGAAAAUAAUGCAGAUUGUAUGGCAAAACAAAAUAUGACAAUAUUUUUAAAGUCUGACAAAAUACCAACAUCCCACAUUCACAUGUAUGAUCCAGAGAAUGUUUUAUUGUCGUGCAAUAUAUUUCAAAUCCCACAUUUAAAUCUCUGUGACACAUGUACCUGUUACUAUAGACGAUCCUGAACCAGUCA